AUGAAAGGUGAUUUUUAUAAUCUGUACGUAGCAGCUCUGAAGGACGUUUCUUUCAUGGAUUUGCCAGAGUGCCCUCUGAGGGCAGGUGAGCGGCCGGCAGCCACAGCAUCCUGCGGAAGCAAAGUUCCUCAUUUUACCCUGCUGUACGCUGUGGUGAAACAACUCCUGCCUUCAACCUGCGCCCAACUGCCCGCCUUUGCUGCCCUGUGCUGCUGCUUGCGGGAGACGGGCCUUCGCCAAAUUUCCCAGAGGACCAUAAGCACUGCUUCACGCAGGCAGUUUGAAAAUAGAGUUCCUGAGAAGCAGAAACUUUUUCAGGAGGAUAAUGGCAUCCCAGUGCAUCUUAAAGGUGGUGUGAUGGAUUCUAUGUUGUAUAGAGUCACCAUGGGUCUUACAGUUUUUGGAACAGCCUAUGUUGUUUAUGAGCUGCUUGUCGCUUCAAUGCCCAAGAAGCAGAAAUGAUUCCAGUUCAAGAUGUCUCAGUGACUAGCAUCUCUUCGUCCAAUUCCACAUGACUAUGAUGGCAGCUUAUACUUAUUAUAAGCAGCUGGCUUAAUGCUUGGAAUCAUAAUUUAAUUCUAACAUGUUAACUGCAAUCAAUAAAGCAGUUUUUACGUUGC